UUCAGAAACAACAAUGAACUAUUCAGUAUCAAAGAACGGCGUCCUCCGUCUGAUAUUGAAUCGGUUCGUGUACUCCGCCGAGUACCGCUAUAGCGACGGUCGACGCAAAUGGCGCUGCAGUAAUAGGAACCUUAAUUGCAAAGCCUUUGUUGUUACUAAGGACAAUUUGGUAGUAAGGAGAAUGUUUAACCACAUACAUGCAUUCCACGACAGGAAGAUUUUAAAAAUGGUGGCAGCAGGCAACGUUGUUGCCGCGUUACCUGAUGCUUGCAUAAAAGAUGCCGAGCAAAGUAAUUUAUCUAUAAAACCCUGCGAGCAGGAAAAGAAAAUUAACUUAGCCGAAAAGCCCUUGAAGAAAACAACUGAAGCGAAAAAGCCCAAAGGGCAGGGGGACUCAAGCGAUGGGUUUAAAAGAGCCAGUGAACAUUUUAAGCAAGGUCUGGACGAAAAGCCUUGUAAGAGAAGAACUAAGACAAAAAAGCCAUAUGGGUGCAAGCAAAGUGCAAAGGCCCAAAUACCCUAUGAAGAAGGAGAUCAAAGCGUAGAUACCAAAAGACCCUUUAAACAAAGAAAGAAAUUUGUAAAGCUCGAGUCCUUUAAGCAGGGAAACCAUAGUUCUUCAGCUAAAAUAUCCUAUGAACAGGGAAACCGUGGCUUAGACAUACCCUGUGGUCAGGGAAGUGUGGCUAAGUUACCUUAUGACCAGGUAGAGAGGGCAGUGACCGGAAAGCUUUGUGACCUGAAAAAUGCUGGGAAAGAAGAUAGUCACUUGAAAGUGGUUGUAAAACAGGACAGUGGUUUGUCGAUGCCAGUGUUAUCCCAGGAUGAGGAUAGGAUAACAAAAUGGUAA